UGGCGCCAAAGCAGUUUUGAAAGCCACCCGAUUUACAAAACACAUAAACGUAUAUCAACGAUCCAAAAGAAGAAUUGACGGUCUUAUACAAUAAGAGUACUCAUGUAAGCCACGGUGUCACAAUGGUUUUCCAACAUAUAUCACUGCAGUCUUUAGCACGGUAUGGAAGUCAGUGAUGUUGGUGUGGAGGCAAUCCAGGAAGAGGUAGUUGUUGCUGACGGUGACCUGGAUGAUGGCUCUGAUGUCGUGUUGCCUGGACUACAGCAGGUGGCGGUGUCACCCAAUGUUAUUGAUAUUGACUCGUCGAGUGGGGACUCUGGCGAUGACAUCUUUAUAGUAUAUACUGAUGAGGAGGACAUUGUACAAGACUCCGAAUCAGAGAGUAAUGAAGUUGAUGUGGAAAAUUCAGCCCCACCAUCACCACGACAACCAACAGCAAUGGAUCCUUCAUUGCCUCAACUUGAGGCAUCACCACAGGAACCAACAGCGAUGGAUCCAUCAUUACCACAACUCCAAGCAUUGCCACAGCAACCAGCAGGAAGUGAACCAGGACUACCUCAGCUGCCCAUGGAGUCAUCACCGACACCUGGAGCUGCGGGGGAAGCAGGGACACCACACCCACCUGCUGGUGGAGGGGAGAUAACUCUGGCUGAUCCUCCAUUACCACCACCAGAUGUCCCCACAACGCCUGUUGUUCCAGCAAGUUCUGCCAGGACACAGUCAUUACUAAAUGCAUCAUUGGCAGAAUUCCGAUCACCUAAGCGUCGGAAAAGGAGCUCUCCAGAAAAAUCGGCACCAGCGAAUGUGGAAUCAGAUGAUGAUAGUGAUUGCUGUCCGAUCUGCUUUGAGCCCUGGACAACGUCAGGGAGCCACAGACUGGCCUCUCUCCGAUGUGGCCAUCUCUUUGGUCAAAGUUGUAUCGACAAGUGGCUGAAAGGUCAGGGUGGGAAAUGUCCCCAGUGUAACGCCAAGGCAAAGAGACAGGACAUCCGGGUCCUCUACACAAAGUCCAUCAAGGCAGUGGAUACUACAGAGAGAGAUCGGGCACUUGCUGACCUGGAAAAGGAAAAAGAACAUCGACGGAAGGCUGAGCUAGAAGCUGCUCAUUCCCGUCUUCAGUAUCAGCUCUGUAUAGAGGAGUGUAAUCGCUUCAGACAAGAGCUGAAUACAACUCGCACACAGCUCCAGCAGUUAAGGUCUCAAAUGAACAGUGGUCAGCAUCUCUCGCAGAGUGUAACACCAGAUGGCGCUACACAGUUGACCACCAUCAUGUCUGGGAAGAGGUUUGUCAUGGACAGAACAGUGAAGAUAUGGGAGGCUGGCCAGUGUCGAGUAUUGGCAUACAGCUCAUCACUGGGUGCUCUCAUUGUGUCACAGCCCUCCUCAAGCACACUCUUCCCUGGGUUUGGGAUUAAAAAAUUGAGUGCUAUGGACUUCAAGACGUCCCAAUACAUGACUAUCCACAGUAAGGCAAUCCGGGAUAUCUGCUUCCAUCCCACAUUUGACAACGGGAUUCUGCUGAGCUGCGGUCUGGACAAGACGGCCAAGAUGACCAGCGUCAUGAGCAACACUGUUGUACAAACAUACCAGACCCCUGUACCAGUGUGGAGCUGCGUGUGGAACAAUGACGACCCCAACUACUUCUACACAGGCCUGAUGAACGGCUCUGUGCUGGAGUACGACAUCCGCAACACGCAAACCCAUGUGCAGCAACUGAACACUGGGGGCAGCAAGUCUCCCGUCGUGGCCAUGCAGUACAUACCUAGGGACCACACUGCAAUAUUCAGACCAGGAGGUCUGGUCGUGGGACAGCUGGACAGAACAAGUUUCUUUGAGAACAAGGGAACAGAACAGCCCAGGUUAAACUUCCUGCCGCUGGAAGGAAGUUUAACAAGCUUAAGCUUUGAUAACCACACCCGCCAUCUGCUAGCCAGUUUCCGACCUACAGCUAAACACGCUAUGGUCAGGCACCAGCUGUGUGAGAUGUCGUGCAGCAACCUCAGCACAGAUCCUGCCGUGACAGACAACCUGUGCUCGUGUGACGUUGUGCACACCUUCCAGGGAGGCAGGACACAAUCUGUAUUAUCCAGGUCUGCACUCAUCCCAAACCCCAGUGAUCCCAACAAACUGCUGGUUUGUGCUGGAGAUGAGACUUCAAAUGCUAUACAUGUAUGGGACUGUAGUACUGGACAGCAAUGUCAGAGGAUUGCCACGGGUGCCUUUGUGGUGGACCUAGCAACGUUCGCCGUCAACAGUCAACACUUCCUGGUGGCACUGACUGAAAAGAUGCUCAAAGUUCACAAGUGGUGCUAGCUAAAAGUGUCGUGACUCGAAGCGACUCAGAUUGUUGCCAAGUGCAAACUGGGCAUUUUAAAGUUGUCAAGCCGUUGAUACAAAUGUAUAUGAAUGAUAGACACAAAUGUACCUGUGACUGCUUCACAUCGUCAGCUGAGUUGCUGUGCAUCUGUACUGUCAAGAAUUGCUAUUUGACACUACUGGUUCACAGCUAGAUUGCUUGCCUCAACACAAAACUCUUUUAACCAAAAAAAAACGGAAUUAAAAAGAUGUUUUUAAACAGCAUGUGUUCAAACUGCAUCUUCAACAUUUUAACAUUAUUUUUAAAAAGUAGAAAAUUAAGUAUUUGGUCAUUAGAGAAACCAGAAAUAUAAAAUUGGUAUGGACGUUUUAAAGAAAAAAACUGAAUAAAAGCUAAAAAGUUCAGUGAAUGAUGGGGCUAGUACCUGGCUGAAUGUGUGUGUGUCUAGAGACAGUUGUUUACUGGGUGGGAUGUAAAAAUGUUACUGUGUCCUUUUCUCUUCUCAACUUCUUUAUAUCUGUUAGAAUUAGCCAGUACAGGAUGUUUUAUUUGUGACUGUAAAGCAUUCACCACAAAACCCCUUACGCUCAUACACCAGCCACAAUGAUACUGUUACACUAGGCUGUGGUAGGGAAGCCUUGUGGUUAAAGCGUUCGCUCCUCACGCUGAAGACCCAGGUUCGAUUGCCCACAUGGGUACAAUGUGUGAAACCCAUUUGUGGUGUCCACUGCCGUGAUAUUGCUGGAAUAUUGCUAAAAGCGAUGUAAAACUAAACUCACUCACUCACAAACCAUCUGAAAUUACUCUCGCACACCACCCACAAUCACAUUCAUAAAUGAAAUAUUCUCUAACAAUAACACAAACCAACACUUGUAACAGUUGCCAAAAGGUUCUUAACAUUACAACGCUUCUGAAAUCGGGUAUAUAUUCCAAAUGGCAGUGGCAGUGGGGGAGCCUGGUGGAUAAAGCGUUCACCAUGCCGAAAACCCAGGUUUGAUACAAUGUGUGAACCCAUUUCUGGUGCCCCCGCCGACAUAUUGCUGGAAUAUUCUACAAGCUCACUCACUCACUAAAACAGCAGUAAUCAAAACUUUAUUAUUUUAAAAAUAAUCCAAACAAUAUGUACCUAUUUCAAGUCACACCGGGAGAUGCCUUGGUCUGUUAUUACUUUUAUCACUAACAAAUACCAAAUGUGAAUGGUAAUAUUUAAACAGUUUGUGGCUAAACAAUUCUUUUCUUUUCUUUUAAAAACAAACAAACAAACAUUAGUUUUUGGCAAAUAUGCCUGAUUAUGAGGUAUGUGUUAUGAUAUGGUGGUCUGUUUUGGAUAUUUCCAGACAUUGUCAUUUUCUACACCAUCAGCUUGUCUGAUAUUGAACAAAAAGCAUGAUUUUAUUAACUAGUGUAUCUGUCUGAGCAUGAACGUGUGUUAGUUGUUGCAGGUGAGUGCAUCUUGCCUUUUAGGAUCAGAGUGAUCUUAGGUCUACAGCAAUCUUAAAUCUGAGAUUAUAUUUCUCAUGCGAAGAUUGUUUCAUGCAUGUGGGCCCUGGUAACUUGUUUUAGUUUUGCAGAUAGUCUAUCAAUAUUGUCCGGGAACAAUCAUAUCUUGAUAGGAAAUGGAAAUUAUCAUUUACCUAAACUGACCAAGGUACGAGUCAAAAUGAUCAGUUUGGGUUGAGGGGCUUAAGAGUUCAUUUUAAGAAUAUACAGAUAUGGUCUAGGUGUAAAUAUGGAUAAUAUUUGUGAGAUGUCAUUUGCCUGUGUAAAGUUGUGUCCUGGGUGGCAUGAAAAUAUCUACAAGUUCCCGGUUUAGGUAGAGGCUUUCAGAAGCUGGCUGACUACUUUAUUGUACAGGUUCAUUAUUUAUCACUCUUGUGGAGUGUUAAAGAACAGUGUGAUCAGUUCUCAAUAGGGGGUUUCUGGACUGAGAUCACAGUUCAGGGCCCCGUUUCACAAAGCUUUUGUAAGCCUAAGAUCUCAACUUUUCUUGUAGCAUUCGUACCUCCUAUAAGGUAACACUGACUUACGACUGUCGUAGCGCUGCGAGAGCUUUGUGAAACGGGGGCCCUGGUCCACAAAAUUAUCUUGGAGCACUAACCUGCUCCAUGGUGUGUUGAAGCAUUGUCAUUGUUUGGGCUCAGACUUUGUUCAUGUAUGGAAACCUUUUAGGGCUCUUAAGGUGAAAUUUCAAGAUAUUAAUUUGAAAUUUACUAAAAAUGACAAAUGUCCCUAAAAGGCUUCAAUACUUUGGGGAUAAGCCCACACAUCGGUGAUGGAGGCAGAAUUGAAAUGACAUUGUGCCAUUUUCAUUGGUAAUUUAGCUUCUUAGAGAACUUUUAGAUUGUGAUAUGUAAAAAUUCUUUGUGUAAAUAUAUGUGACUGAGCCGUAUGAAUGUACAGUUGAAAUGUAAAUAUAAUUGUUGCAAGCACUGCU